AUACAAUUUCCGGUUAGAAAAAUAGCGGAAGUAGUCAAGAUAUAAUUUUAUCAGGUGAAGCACAGCUAUGGAAAUUUCAGAAUUCCUGACCAGUUAUCGCAUAAAGCUAUAUUCUGCCCUCCUCCAUAGUCAAACUUGCAAGUUUGCUCUCUUCACUAAUGACCUUGACCGCCCUCCCCCAAAUGAAACCCAGGCGUAAGCAGUCGCUUUUAUUCGGCCUCGUCAAUCCGCCUUGCCUAUAUAUACCCAUUCAUUCCUAAGCAUUUCUCACUCUUUAGUCUUCACCCAACACCAUUUCUCUCUCAUCUUCUCUCUGUAACGAAAUAAGAGAGAGAAAUACUUGCCUAAUUCCCAAACAUCUUUCCGUUUUAACUAAAUAAGAGAGAGAAAUACCUCUCUGAAUCCCCAACAUCAUUUCUCCUUGCCCUGUGAUCAAAUACAGAGACAAAAGGAAGAGCUCUGCUUCUGCUGGUUUGUAAAGUUGCAGGCAUGACGAGGCGAAGCUUGCGCGAAUUCUUGUACUCAGCGGCAUCCAUCGGAAGCGGCAGCAGUAGCGUCAGAACCCUCUCCCCAUCUCCUUCUCUGAACUCCAUGGAUCAAAGCCUGUUUGAAGCUCAGGACAUGAUCAUGAAGUGGGACGCCAACUCCUCGGCGUAUGCGAAGAUCACCUCUCUUUUCCACUCCAACCGAAAGGAGGGAAAGGAGUACCUCAGGAGGGUGGGGGAGCUCCGAAAGGUGAUGAAUGCCAUCGUCGCGGCGGACGCCAGCUCGCCGAAGCUGGUGCACGCGCAGAAGCUCAUGGAAACAGCGAUGAAGAGAUUGGAGAAGGAAUUCUAUCAGAUACUGGCCUCCAACAGGGACCACCUCGACCCGGAAUCUGUUUCUGGCCGGUCCUCUGCGCGAGCAAGCACGUCAGACUCUGAGCCCAAUGAUUCCGAGGACGAUGAAAUACAGAGGGCGGACGAGUCCAUUGCUGAGGUUGAGCGGGUAUCGUCGCUGGCCAUGUCGGACCUACAGUCGAUUGCUGAAUGCAUGAUUUCAUCUGGGUAUGGCAAGGAGUGCGUCAAGAUCUACACCCUUGUCCGGCGCUCGAUUGUUGAUGAGGGCCUCUACAAGCUCGGGGUUGAGCGCUCGAUUUCGGCGCAUAAGGUCGACUGGGUUGUCCUGGAGAUGAAGAUCAAGGUCUGGCUGCACGCUGCCAGGGUUGCCUUGAAGACCCUGUUUGCCGGGGAGAGGAUACUCUGUGACCAUGUAUUUGCUUCUUCUGAUUCGAUCCGCCAGUCCUGCUAUUCAGAGAUAGCCGCUGAGGCCGCCCUCUCCCUCUUCUCCUUUCCAGAGUCCAUCGCCAAAGGUAAGAGGGCGCCUGAAAGGAUGUUCCGGAUGCUAGACAUGUACGACGCCAUCUCCGACCUCUGGCCUGAGAUCGACGCGGUCUUCUCUGAUGAGGUAAUGGCAUCUGUUCGUUCCAAGGCUCUCUCAGCGCUGGUGAAGCUCGGCGAGACCAUCCGUCUCUUGCUCUCUGAUUUCGAAAGCGCCAUUCAGAAGGACACCUCUAAGACUCCCGUACCCGGCGCCGGCAUCCACCCCCUGACUCGCUACACCAUGAACUAUCUUGGCUUCUUGGCCGAUUACCAGGACGCUCUGGGGGAGAUUUGCGCCGACUGGCCGCUAAAUGUUCCGGAGUCCCUCCCGGAAGGCUUGCUCGAGUACUCAGCCGACUCUCUGAACUCCCCCACGUCUGCUGCAGCGGCGCGGUUGUCAUGGCUAGUCUUGGUGCUCCUCUGCAAGCUCGAUGGAAAGGCGCAGCACUACAAAGAUGUCGCACAGUCGUACCUCUUUCUCAUAAACAACCUCAACUAUGUUGUCGCGAAGGUCCAGGGCUCCGAGCUGGGCUUUUUGCUCGGCGAGGAGUGGAUCGCCAAGCACGCCGCCAAGGUGAAACAAUACGCCCCCAAGUUCGAGAGGGUCGCAUGGGGGAAGGUGAUCAUGACGUUGCAACCAGGGGAAGCCUCAUCUCUGGAGUCUAUCAAUGAUUCUGAGGCAAGAGUGAGGCUUGCGAGGUUCAAUUUCGCGUUCGAGGAGGCGAUCAGGAUGCAGUCGGGGUGGAGCAUUCCCGAUUUGAAGAUCCGGGAAGAGCUGAAAGCAACAAUAGCGCAGAGGGUGGUGCCGGCAUACCGAUCGUUCUAUGUAAGAUUGAGGUCCUCUGCUCCACAGGUGGAGAUGGUUCCGGGGAGUGGUGUGAAGUACGCACCAGAGGAUCUUGUGAACCAUAUUUCCCAUUUGUUUAGUGGCUCCAGUGUCAGCUCAGGACACUCCUCCUCGCAUUCCUCCUGAUAACUGCUGCUUCCCGGCCAUAAUCGGAUUUCAAAUUUUACACACGAUUGGUUUGGCGACUGUAAUGUUUAAGUUUUUUUGUAGAGGGCGAAAAACCAAGUUUUUCUUUUGGGAUUGUAUAAACCAUCUGUGAAAUAAAUGCAGUUAACUGAUCUCGCAUCUAA